AUGUCAAAAAAUCCAGAGAAGUCAUCAAUUCACCCAUUCAAAUCGUUUGUCGCAGGCGGCACUGCGGGCGCCAUCGAGGGCGUGAUCACAUACCCGUUUGAGUUCGCCAAGACCAGAUUGCAGUUGGUGGACAAGUCAUCGAAGGCAUCGAGAAACCCUUUGGUGUUGAUCACCAAUGUCGCCAAGACCCAGGGCGUGUCGUCGCUCUAUGUCGGGUGUCCUGCAUUCGUGGUGGGAAACACCGUGAAGGCGCUGGUCCGGUUCCUUGGUUUCGACUCCAUGAAGGCCCUUUUGGCCGACCGGGACGGCAAGUUGUCCGGCCCUCGGGGCGUACUUGCAGGACUCGGUGCAGGACUCUUGGAGUCUGUCAUUGCCGUGACUCCCUUCGAGGCCAUCAAGACGGCGCUCAUAGACGACAAGCAGGCUGCCAAACCCAAGUAUCAGUCGGGGCUUGUUUCCGGAACAGUGAAGUUAGUGAGAGACAUGGGCUUCCGGGGCAUGUACGCAGGCGUGGUUCCUGUUUCGUUGAGACAGGCCUCGAACCAGGCCGUGCGUUUGGGCUCGUAUAAUGCCAUCAAGACCAUGAUCCAGCUGGCCACCAACACCAAGGCCUCGGAGCCUUUAUCUUCUGCGGCGACAUUUGCCGUGGGGUCUUUUGCGGGCAUUGUCACCGUGUACACGACCAUGCCCAUUGACACGGUGAAAACGAGAAUGCAGGCGUUGGGCGCCGACAAGCUCUACUCGUCCACGUUGAACUGUUUUGUGAAAAUCUUCAAGGAGGAAGGGUUGUUGACGUUCUGGAAGGGCGCCACGCCCAGAUUGGGCCGUUUGGUGUUGAGCGGAGGCAUUGUGUUCACGAUUUACGAGAAGAUGCUCGUGUUGAUGGCUUAA